UGUUGACCUAUAGUGUUCUACCAUAUUAAUGUCAGUAAUGAGUUGCAAAGAAGAGUUAAUUGGCUAAGCGCUUGAAAAGGUCCUUAGGGAAAGAGAUGUUUCCUGCUGUUUGUCUUUCGUUCCGGAGGAAAGGCAAAGAGUGACAACCGGCCCGUGCUUGUUGAAUGUUAUUAUGGCAGCUGACUAAGUGAAUUUGUGUAAGUAUGGCGGGAACUUCUGUUGAGAGUAACUCCAGCCUGGAGAUAUCGAGCGGAGCGUCGGGUUCUCAGGCUAUUUCUCCCAACGAUAAUCCUUCUUUAAGCGCAGAUGGAUUUGAAUCUGAGCUCUUCUUGUGUCAUCACCACGGAACUUUUUGUUCGGCGCGUUCUGCCACUGCUGCGGAGAAAUUCACUUGGUGCAAAACGGACGAUGAUAACUCGCCGAAUGGAGAACUUAUACGGGCAUUGAAAGACUUCAAAGCGAGAAGCCUUGCUUUAAAAGCAGCUCUAGAGGAUGAAGCCAUGGUAAAUGAUAUUCAGAAGGAGUUGUCUGACUACGUGUGUAGUUGCAGCGACCCGAAAUAUGUCCACUUAGUCAGUGGGUACCAUGUGGAGUGCAUUGAAAAGUUUUGUUCCAAGAAGGAGACCUUCACACAAUACCACGAAAAUCGAUUUAAAACCUACUCUGACGUUGGAUCGACCAAAGCUAGUAACCAUGUCACUAGUGCAGUCGCCCCUGAGGAAUUCUACAAAUAUUUCUUCUACGGUGUGAAACAUUGGAACUACUGCGUAAAUGAUGAAGACAUUGGCGCAGUAAUAAUUACGUUGAAACCCGAAGUAACCAACCCACACUCAAAGGGAUCAUUCAGGUAAAAUAUUGUAUCAUUAUUACACUGUAAUACCUUUAACUGAAGGCGAAUUCCCUGAUUUGUGCUUUGAUUUGCAUUUUGACGAUGACUAUUCUUAAAUUUAACCACAUUGACAAGAAUAACGAAUAAAUACAAGUCCAGGCGUGAAUUACGUAAAUUACGUCAUAUGUUUAUCAAGUUUUUCUCGGUAAAUCAUAACUUUUCGAAACUCCCAAAAUUUACAACAUUUCAAUUGCCUUUCAUUUUAUUUGAAAUUAAACCUGAAAAUGAUCCAUUGGAAGGUCAUUUCCUCUACGCAAAGAAACUCGAUAAUAUUGGCCCUUGAAUGUGUCCGUGCCUUAUCCAAAAAGACAGAUGUAUCACUUUUAAUCUGAUCUUUGACUUUUUGGAAGGUUUCAUUUUACCAGUUCAUUUGGCAUGUUAUAAGCCAAUUUAAAUCCUGUUAUUUUAUGUGGUUGCCAAGUUUAUUUUAAUGGUUUUACUGACAUUUCAUAAAUAUCUAUAUGUAUCUUCAGCCAUGAGGUAAAUAGUUGGUAAAAUAUUUAAUUAACCUUAAUCUAACUUUCAUUCAUCACUUAUCUGGCAAUGAAAUGUCUGGUGUUGAGUGUUGCAUUUAAUUAUGACCACCUACAGAUGGUAAGGGAAUUAUCUAUCAUAUGAUUUAGUGCUUGAGGUGCUCUAGAUCUGUAUGAAUAAUUAAAGCACAUAAGGUGUUGACAUAAAUAGAUUGUAAAAACUCAUUUGUGACAAUAUGAUACAUCAUUUAUGCUAAAAAUCCCCUUUUAAUUAUUUUUCCACAUGUCUUAAAAUAAUUGUUUUUAGAAAUCAGACCUUGAUCAUUAAUUUGUUCACUGGAUGAACUGAAAUGUUGUCAAUACUAUGUUUUGAGAGAACUUCUCCAUUACUAUAACAUUUAAGUCACAUUAACAUCAACAGUUUUAUUUCAAUUUACAGGAGAGUAAUCUAGUUCAUGAACAAUAUAUAAUAUACCAAAAUUUCUUGACCUGGUAAAAAAAAGUUUCACUGUAAUUAAUUAAUCUUAAUCUCUGAAAACAAAUUUUAAGUGACAGCUACAUUUUCAUUUCCAAAAUUUUAUUUACUAUGCACUGGUUUUUCGAAGGUUGGAUAAUGCUAUCCAUUGGAUAAAACCCUAUCCAAUGAAUAAUGCUUUACGUUUUGCUAUCACUUAUCCCCUGGAUAGUGAUUUUUCUAUUGGAUAGCAUUAUCCACCCUUUAUACAACUGGGCCCAGUUGUUUUAUGCUUCUAUCCUUCCUAAAAGGAUAAUGGUCCGCUCAGCCCACAAUCUUGUCAUUGGACUGCUCUCUUGCUCAAGUCACCAAGUCAGUCUUUCAAGCAGAGAUGAUGUGGUACACUUUAUAAGUCAACAAGUUGCUAUCAAAGCCCCUGUCAAGCUGAUUACAAUACCUUCAGUACCAGCAGAGCUCCUCAAGAUGGACAGUGUGAGUAAACCCUUUACCUCUCCAAAGUGUUUAACAAGUAACUUCUCCUUAUCACAUCUAUAAAUUAUACAACAAAAAGAUAAUGAGAAUUCUCAAACUCAUCAGGUUGAAGUUUUUGUCUUGAUUCAAAACAAUGUUCUCAGAACUAAUUCACAAGGAAAUUUGUAACAGUUUGAGGGGAGGAUUAACAAUCAGAUCUUUGGAGUGAAAGGGUUAAAUUUGUAUUUACAGGGUUAACUAAGGCUACACUGUCAGAGUUAUAGAUUGUAUGACUUAAUUUUAUGGUAGCAAGCACUCAGAGACUUCCUUGGGGAAACCAACUUGAUCAUAAAGGUUAGGAAUGACUGAAAAAAAAUUGAAAUUAAUUUCUAAAUUUCCAGGCAUUCAACAAGCAAGCCCACAAAUUUGGUGUGGUUUACAUGAAGGAAGGACAGCAAACUGAGGAACAGCUUCUUGGUAAUGAAACUCAUAGCAAAGCAUUCGAUGACUUUUUGAAUCUGCUGGGUGAAAGAAUCAGACUGAAAGGUUUUGACAAGUACCGGGGAGGACUGGAUGGCAACAAUGAUCUGACUGGAAAAUAUUCUGUGUUUACCAAGUUUUGUAAUAGCGAGGUCAUGUUCCAUGUGUCAACUCUUCUACCAUUUGAAGAAUUUGACUCUCAGAAGGUAUUUUGUUAAAUAUUUGCUAAAGGACAUUUACCGUAGUUAGGCAGCCCUCUUACAUGGCUUUCACUUGUAGGUUGACAUUUGUCCUCAACUCUUUAAACCCUGAGAGUGACCAGCUUCUAGUUUCUCCAGACAAUAAUAUUGCUGAUUCAUUCAAUUGGGAUCAUGAGAAUAAAGGAAAUGAUGACCAACUAAAGACGCUCUCGUUUGUUAAACACAUUCUCCUUGUCAGCACCUCAGGAAAUGUGGGGACAGUAUGGAGGAUGUCAUACUGAUGUUGGGUGUAAAGGGUUAAUGGACACCUCCUGUAGGUUGACACCCAUGUGAAGUGGAUGCCUACUGUAGUUUAAAACCUUGUAUUCGCGAACAUCUUAUACAGGAGGAUGCUCCUCCCAGUAGUUGGUCCUUAGAGCCGGACACCUCCUUAGAGGGCAUCUCUAGUAGAUGGAUGCCUUUUAUGGCUGUACAUCUUAACGCUUUAAUUCCCAGAUCAAAUUUGUAAUUCUCCUUACUGUCAAUCAUACAAUUCUUAUAAUGUUAGUUCAGAGAAUUUAGUAUUGGAUCAAUUAGUUAUCCCCAAAUUGAUAUUUUUCUUUAUUCUUAUCACUUAUCUGGUUGAUGUUGUAUUGAUGUUAUAAGGAGAAAUUCUGUCUUGGUCACUCAUGAGAGUUGAAGGAUUAAGUAGACUCCUCCUUUUAGUGUACCACCUAGCAGGUGGACAUGUGCAUUAGGUAGGCACCUAUUGAUGCAUGCCUCUAUUUUGUGUAGGUAAUAACAUGAUUUCAAGUGGAAUUUGGUGUUAUUAGGCAGGGAUAAAUUUUCAAAGACAACAAAAUUGCAUGAGCCCACCAUACAAGUUCAAUUUUUAGUCUUUGAAAAUUUGCAAGUGCCUAUUACGCCAAAUUGCAAGAGAUAUCAUUUUGUUACUUGUUAUAAUGUACAUGAAAAAACAUCAGAAAGAGUAAAGAAAGGCAAAAUUUCAAAAGCGUAUGUGUGCUAUCUGUAAUUUGCACUCGUGUUAAAGUUUGCAUGUGUGUUGCAUAAGAAUGCACUUAUUUUCAGCCAAUCAGAAGUGCAUAAUUUUUUCAUGUGCAUUAUUAACCUUGUUAUCUGGAGUGUUAAGAAUUUUGGCAGUAAUUAUAAUGGCACUCAGCUUUGUUGACAUACUGAUUGCUUUGUUUUUACAGCUUCAGAGAAAGAGGCACAUUGGAAAUGACAUAGUUUGCAUCAUCUUCAUGGAAGCAACAAGUACCAAGUUUGUACCUGACUGCAUUAAAUCAAACUUUCUGCAUACUUUUAUUAUUGUUCAAGUGGACGUAGAAAACAAUCCAGACAGUUACACAGUGAGUGGCAUUGUGCUCUAUUCCACAAGUUGCAUUGCCUCUUUAAGAUAUGGGACUGAGUAUCAGUUGAAUCAUAUGUAUACACUUGUGCUUAUUCUGUUACAGGUAUCAGUGGUGUCAAGGAGCGGUGUGUUACCAUAUGGCCCACCUCUUUGUGACAAGUAUAUAUUUGAUAAGGUAUUCUUACUUUUUUAAUUAAUUUCUAAUUUAUUUCUCGACAUUUAGACCACUCCUGUUAAGUAAUGACCCUUGCAGGUUGUUGGGAAAAUGUGAGUAAAGUUUGGUAAUCAAGACUCAAAAGCAAGUCAGUGGCAGCUUUUCAAGUCUUCUCAUAACCCUGUAACUCCCAAGAUCUAAUUUCUAACUCUCCUUUCUAGCUGCUACACAUUUCCUUGUAAUUGAAUCACGAGAAUUUGGUGUUAGAUCAUGAGUACUAAUUUCUACCUGAUAUGUUUGAGUAUUCUCAUUACAUGUUGGCUGGAUAAUGUGUGGAUGUUAUAGGGAGAAAUUACACUUUAAUCACUUAUAGGAGUUAAAGGGUUAACUACCCAAAUACUUUUUUCCAUUGGUAAACCAGUGGUCUAUUGGCUUAAAAGUAACCACUGGUAUACCUUUCUAACAAAUGAUAGAUUUUUGACAAAUCAGAGUCCAUGUGAUAUCUUUAUCCUACAGUUAUAUAAAGUGUUCAAAUUUAUUUGAAUUAGAAAAAAUAAAGGUCUCUCAUUGGCUAAUGAAAGGGAAUUAGCAGGCUUUAUCCAGCCUUCAAAGUCAACAUGAAAAUUCUUGUGAAGUCUCUAUAAAUCUUCUUAAAGCAGUAGGUUAAAGAAUUUGUUGUAGAGCAAUAACUCUUUGGUUAUAAGUUCCAUUAUUCUGAUCAUCUCUAUUGACAAUAAUGUGCCUCUCAAGCGAGGAGAACAUUUAUGUUGAUCACCUUUAAAGUUUGAGAGGUCAAGAGCUGUGCAUGCAAAUGUAUUUUAACAAGACUGAUAGACUUCUGACAACAUUCCCACUUCAGAAAAGUUGUGUGGGUCAUUUGAUUGUGCUUUUCCUUUUGACCAUUGUUGGAUUGCAGGGAGAUGAGUUUAGAGUAUGGAUCCUUAAAAAGUUAUUUCAAGGAGAACAAGCAUGUCACAGGUCACCCAGCUUUGCUAAGUUACAUGUGAGUGCAACACUAUGCUUAAAGUUCCUAAUGUUGGUGUAAUGUUAUUUGAUGGAUUUAAAGCAACAGGCCUUACAGACGAGAAAUAGUCUGGUUACCAACUUUUAAUGGGAGAAUUUGACAAAUGAUGUAUUCAGUAAUUAUACUUGCAUUCUCUCACAAGUCUUGGAAAUUCUACCCUAUGUAUAUAAGUAUAACAAAACUUGAAGGAAAUCUGGAAGCCAUUCAUGUGAAUAAAAACUUCAGAUAAGAAUGGAUGAGAGGGGAUCACCUUUCCUUGCAGGGCUUCUUUUUUUUUUUUUUUUUUUUUUUUUGGGAGUGAGGGGGGGGGGUUUCAUCUCCUCUAUAGAUGUCAGGGCAAGGUUGUUCAACGCUGGGUUAAUACAACCUAGAAGAAGUGUUAAAUCUGAUUUCAGAUCUGAAAGCUUUAAAAGAAAAUUCAAUACAAUUCAUUUGUUGAGAUUAUGAUUACUGGAUUUUCUACAAACAAUUGAGAACAUUAUCCUGAAAGGCUUUUAAAUAAAGGAAUAAAGAAACCCAGAUUAAAAUUCAACCUUGGGUUAGCGCUAAUCUGCAUUUGAACAACUGGCCUCAGGUCAUUUCUUUCUUGUUGCUUGGUCAUGUUGUGCUUGCACAUCAAGUUGCAGCACUUGGACAUCUUAUGCACCUUGCCCACAAUACUCUACCAUUGAUUAGUUUAUGGAGAUUAUCAGCCUAGCAUCAAUCAAGUUGGUGUUGUUGUCCUUACAGGCGCGGACCAGAGCACUCAUCAUGGGAGAACUACUGAAGUCUGUCAGAAAUUCGCAAUCUCAAACCUCAGCUAUACCUAGGGCAUCACCUGAUCAGUACAUGACUGUGGCACAGGUGUCCAGGGAUUUCAGUUCAGUUUGCUCUGUCACACAAGAUGGAGGGGACCUUGUGGUAUUCCUAGUAGGUAAUGAAUGUGUAGUAGGAGGUGGGGUGUGUAGCGGGUGUAGAGGAAACAGGGGGGGGGUAUUUUUGACAAUUUUGAAUGGGUAGAGCAUCAUGGAUCUUUGUACUCUCAAUCUUUUUCAAACCAAAGCAUUUGGUUUCUCCACCCAAUUUCAGGCAGAAUUCAUGUUUCUUAUGGUAAAGACAUUCUCAGUCCUACCCCAAGCCUUCAACCCCCUCUUCCCAGGUUGGGAUUAUCAGGGUAACAAAAUUAAAAUCUCCUCUGCUUAAGUAUUUUUUAACCCUUUAACUCCCAAGAUCUCAUCAGUAAUUAUCCUUACUGUCUGUCAUACAGUUAUUGUGAUGUUAGUUUGGAGAAUUUGGUAUUGGAUCAACUUAUAAUCCCCUUACUGAUAUUUUCUUAUAUUCUCAUCACUUGUCUGUUUGAUAUUGUAUUGACAUUGUGAGGAGAAAUUCUGUCUUAGUCACUUAUGGGAGUUAAAGGGUUAAGUUAAAGUGGCACUUCAAGCUUGAUUUUGUUUUAAUUAUCAUUUAUUCUGAUGAGUUUUCUUGUAUUCCAAGCAUUUUCUAAGCCCAUAGACCCUAAUAUCAGAGUGUUCUUCAUACUGUUCUCUAUACAUUUCCUAAAGUGCUCACAAGGGGAGUUCGUGUCACAAUCAAGAGAUUCUUUAUUUGGUGAUCAUUUCCUUUAUUCUCAUGACCUUAAUAUGUGAUUCGUGGAUGAUAUUGUAAGGAGAUAUUAGACGUUAGGGGUCAAAUGGUUUAGUUAUGAAUUUUGUAACAAAUUUAUUGCUUCUCAACAGAAGAGGCAGACAAGAAAAGUUACAUUGGUGUGAAGUCAAUUAUGUCAGCUAAGAGCAAGUGAGUCAGGAGUGGGCAUCGCUUCCCUUGCCUAGAACAAGUCUUGAAUGAGUUAGAGACUUCCCCAUUCCAUGCAGGUUAUUUCACUCUAGGUUUCUCGCAGUUCAAAGCUCAUAGUUAAGGGUGAAUAAGAAACGGCUGGAAGCAAGGGAAAAGCCGGAAAUGAGGGACAAGGAGAAUUGAGAGUUUUUUUUAUUUUUCUCGCAAUAUAAUGUCCGUUGUGCUCAGGUGUAAGUUAAGUCUUCAUGAUGGAGCAACCUUCAAUUUAGUUUCGAAAGUAAUCCAUGAUUGCUUUGGUUUUGCUUUUCUUUGCGCUGUGAUUGGUCCAAAAACUCGCGCCACUCUCUCAACCAUUACUUUGAUUUUGGUUUUUUGAAACUUUGAAACGGAAAUUGCUCUAGUCUAUUUCAAUUGCAAAUGAAACCGCUUGUUAUCUUCUUUUCCUCCAGAGUUUUUCUAAAGAUGUUUUCACAAGAGCUCGGUCAUAUUUAUGCUCAUCUGCCAGUGAGCAGGGCAGGCUCGUUUACGGCGCCACCUGAACUGAGGCGCACGACCUCCUCCAAGACCCGCUACUCAGGAUUGCGUAGCGGGAAGAUGAACCUGGAGAAAUUGCGACGCAGUCGAAGCGAAAGCGACAGCAGCCAUGACGAGGGAGUCACCCUAGAAUCAGUGACAGAUCUUCAAAGCAGAAAAGAUCCUGAGCGUUCGAUGGCUUCGUCUAAAAUGCAGUGCAGUGCAGAGGUACAAUGAUACCGCUGGCCUACAUUAAACCGUUGAUAAAGUGUGGAAAUGAAUAAGUAUCAGCAGAGUUUUUGAAUGGAUUGUGUUUGUUUCCUCUUCUACAGGUUAUCGUCGUGAAGCAGUUUGAAAGUGGCGUGUUUGAAGCCCUGCUGGAGUUUCUUCAUGUGGGAUCAUGUGACCUAAGACCCAGUCUCCUGCCAGGCUUGUUUGCAGCUGCGCAAUAUUAUCAGGUGGAGGAAUUACGUCAAGUCUGCGUCGAGAGCAUGAAACAAAGAGGAAUAUCACCAAGCUGCAGUGUGAGUUCUUUGUCUCAAAUUAGGAAGUUAUGCCCACAGAAUUUUUGUGACCAGGGAGACGUAAUACACCCUCACGAGUGACCAGAAUCUAAUUUCUCUUUACACUGAUUCUACGCAGUCAAACAUGAAGGUGAUGAGAAUAAAGGACGUGAUGCCCAACCAAAGAAGCUUUGAUUGAUGACAUAUCUUAAUUAAAAAAUUUCCAGAUUAAAAAUUCUCUGAGUGAGAGCAUUUGAGAGUAUUGUUAUCUAGAAUGCUAACGGAAAAAAUUGUGUGUUCUAAUUUGUUUUUUAAAGAUGUAAUGAAUUUCGUUUUCCAGGAGCAUUCACUGACGGAUUUGGUGUCAAACAACCUUACUAGUCCUACAGUAGGGAGAAAUGUACAGACGGAAUGUGUCAGUGAUACACACUGCUAGAAAUCUUUCCGAAAAACAGAGGAUGAUAAAUAUAAAGAAAAGUUGUGAGGUUUAGAUUCCAAGAGUUGAAUGGUUGAAUUUUACCCGUCUUCAGUCGACUUUUGUAGCGUGGUAGUAGCGUGGUAGAGAUUAGAACGAGCCAGCUCCAGGGGACGACGGGAACGUAAGAGUUAAACGAGGACUUCCCUUGUUCCUCUUCCUAUCUGUCCCCGCGCGGAUUCCUGUAGAGACAGCAGACUGGGACGAGUCAGCUUCAAUUUCAUCUGCAUUUUAAGUUAGGGUGAACUUUGUUGAUUUUGAAGAACCAGUCGUGGUUUGUAUUCGAUGAAGAUUAUCAUUAGUGGAUGUGUACAUUGUUGUAGUCAAGGUAAUGGCAUACCUUUAACUUCGUCAGCCUACAGCCAAUCAUAUUUUAGCCAUGUAAUUUAGUAUUAUCAACUGUGUUGAUAACGUUAAUUGGCCACCACCGUAAAGAGUUUCAAAGCUGACGUUUCGAGCGUUAGCCCUUCGCCAAUCGCUCUGACGCAGGGAUAACGCUCGAAACAUCAGCCUUUAAACUCUUUACGGUGGCCAAUUUACGUUAGCAACUCAGUUGAUAAUACUAAAUUACCCUGUUGUACUCUCCCACCGACGCAGCACAACAGUUUCCUCAGAAACUUACCCACGUUUUAGCCAUGAUCUGGUCCUUCUAUCUGUUCAUCACAGACAGACACGCUGGCCAUACAUUUGCCGGAAACCAUUUUAUUCCACAGUCAUCGCAGUAGAAUAAUUACAUUUAUGGCAACGGGAGACGUUUUGGAAAAAGAGAAUAAAAUCAUCACUUGUCUUGUUUAUAGUCAUGGUCCAUUUUAAGUACUCACCGAGGACAAUUGAACAUUUUCUUCGUAAGACGAAAAAGAAAAGUUGUUAUUCUUGGGUAUAAGUCGUUGUGCAACAUUUACUGAGGAGUGGAAAAACUAAUAUUUUCCCCACGGGAUUAAAAUCUUCCAAGACAGAGGAGCAUGGAGUAAUGUUCUGCCUUGGCCAAAAGACUUGGAUUUUAGAACAUUUUAGGACAAAAUUCUUAGAGCCUUAAUGUGGUUUAAUGGAAUAUAAUGUGUGCAAAGUCUUAUAAGCCUGUAGAAAUUACUUCUAACUUGCGCUAGCACUACGUUCGCAUAGUAGUUUCUUCCACGUAAGUACUUGUAGUUUGUCCAAUUUAUUAAGAGGAAAUAUGUAUUAAGACCACUUUAUAUUUAUUACAAAAAUGUGGCUAAAUUUGCAUAUAUAUAUAUAUAUAUAUAUGUAAUAAAUUACAAAAAAAUCAAAUCACAGAGUUUUAUCAGUUUUUUUACCCUUUAUUAUGAGUGCUUUGAAAGUCCUUUUGUGAGAUUGCAUCGAGUGCCCAAAACAACGCAGACUAUGCCUUUCACAUACUGGUCACACGAUUCACCCAAUGAGCCUUUCUUUUGAACGCCGUUUCCAAUGAAAAUGAUGAAUUUAAGGUUAACAGUCAUAGACAGCAAAUCUUGCUUUACGAAGUUAAGGUAAGCAGAGAAAGGGGCUUUCUCGAAUAUCGAAAAUAUAUUUGACAUUCCAUUUAGAUUAUAGUAUAUACGCUAUAUAGUGAUUAUAAACUGUUUAUAACCUCUUAAUAUACGCUAGACUACAGGUAAUUCCUCUCUUUGGGGAAAGUCCGCGGCGCAAGUUAAAAAAAACUCGGCGAAAGAAAAGUUGAUCGAUAAUGUUACAACGCCCCGCGAAACUUAGGGAGUGGGUCGUGCGAAGGACUUCGCCGGAAAGAGCCAAUGCUCGAAGGCUAUACAUACGCAGUAGCAGUGUUGUGGUAGUACUGGGAAUAAUGGGGGAAAUGCGAAGCGUAGGCCUCUCGCAAGUUGUAUCACAAGAAUUGCAGCUCCGAAGACAACAUGAAAAUUCAUGUGAGUACGUACGUCUCCUUACCUUCUCGAAACCUUUUAGAGGUAGCCUGGGAUCGAAGUUGAAUCGUUGAUGAAGUUCUGAUGCAUUCUGGGAGUAGCUUUUAAUCUUGAAACGAAACUUUGAAGAAAUAAUACGUCACGAUAUGUUAGAUCUUUUCACUAUUUUUUCUAAAGGAGGCAUCGUUCUUUGGUGUUUUCAAGGAACAUGCCAAUCCUUUACACUUCCAGUCAAUGAACUCAUUCGCAGUGUUAUUUUACAGGUGAGUCUUUAACCAGGAAUUUUGCCUUUUCACCGGCUUGUUGAUUUCCUAUAAUGGUGUACGUAGCUUUAAGUUGAUGCUCUACGAAACGGGAAAUAUAUUUUACCGCUCACUUAGCAGACGGUUCAAAUGAUUUUCGUAGAUAUCUGACCACGGUAUCAAGUCAGAAAUAUUUUUGGAUGCUUCAUGGCCGGGUGUUAUUUGAAAGGGAAAGACAAAUUUGUAUUUUUGAUCUUUUUUAGGAACGUGGAGGGAGCAAUUCAUUCACCCACGGCUCUCUAACGCUGAAAUAUAAACUCGACAAUGAGUUUGAAUUGGUGUUUGUUGUAAGUAGAUGCAUGAUUCGUAAAUUUAAAAGUUAGUCCAGUUAGUCUGAAAUCUUACAGUGUGAGUGAACAUCAUGAACACAAACCAGAGUUGUUAAGCAGGAAUUUCCUUUUAUAAUUAUGAUAAGCUGAAUUAUACUCCUGGAUGAUGUCACCAUUAAAAACAUUUUGCUUUUUUCGGUCACAUAAAACAAAUAUAUUUAAUGUUGCCAUGGGUCUGUACAGUAAUAGAUUUCAGAAGACCUCAAAAUGUGGUACGAAUAUCAGUGAUGCACUCGCCUGUGUCUCAUGUGCCUCUUUUUUGUUCUUACCAUAUUUCAAAGUCAUCUGCGAUCUAUUACUAAACAGAGGCAUAGCAACUUAAAAUCUAUUUGUGAAGUAGAAGGGUAAAUUUUUUUUUUAGUUCUUCUUUUGUUCAAUUUUUGUGACAAGGAAAGGGGCUUAGUUUAGUUGAGCAACAUUGAAAGACAAAACUGCUGCAAGAUGUAAUUUCUGACAGUUGAGUGACAUGGGAAUGAAUUAGUGGAAGAGGUUCAUGUGGCAUCAUGGAAGUUUUGGAUUAUUUAGGUGUUUUGUGGGAAAAUUAAGUCAUUCUAGGUCGGUCAGUCUUAUGUUAGACUACUUUCUUUUUUUUCGUAUUGAUGUAAUUUUUGUUUCCAAAUCCCUGUAAAAUAUCGCCACAUUCAUUGAGCUUUCUUUGUGAUUAGCAUUGUAACCAGGUUAGUUUACCCAUUCCUCAGGGUAUUGUACUGCUGCAUUAGAUGAGGAAUACGUUAGCCUCUUGUAAAGAGUGGCUUUUUAGUGGUUUUUUGUAUUUGGCUUAGCACAGGUUCUUUUUGUAGAACCCUUAGUUUUCAGGGUACACAUGUUAAGGCCAUAUUAGGAUGCAUAUACUACAAGACUGGCUGACUCAUCCUAAUUAAAAUUUCACAUUGAAUAACUCAUCUGAGUGUCGUCAGAAUUGAUCAUUUCUGUACGUGGGAAGCCACUUUGUAAGAGGUCUUUGGGACCUCACUGUUCCCCUACAUGACCUGUAAUUAGUUGUAAUGAAAUGAGAGUCUCACAUGAGAUGAGUCAGCUUCUCAUAUCUUUACCAGAAAACUAUAAUGUAACAGGAAAAAUAGUAUGUAGAUUUUUACUCAUGACUAAUUUCAAUCCAUCUCCUCUAUUGUCAGGUUGCGUUUCAGAAGACGUUACAGCUGUCAUAUGUGGACAAACUACUAAAUGACAUCCAGCUAGAGUUUAGGGAUAAAUACAAAGAUGAUCUUGAGGCAGGAAUUAUGAGGAAUUAUGAGUUCAAUGAAGAUUUCAACAGAUUGCUCAAAGAAGCAGAAUUAAGGAGCAAGUUAGAUGCCCAAGCUCCUGCAAAAAUGAGAACCUUUGAAGAAUCAAAGAAGUCACAGAAGACGGUGGCUUCACUCAAGAUUGACAAGAAUGAGAAGAAUAAAGAAAGUGGCAAAUCUGGAAAGAAAGGUGGAGCUAAGAACAAAAAGGCAGAGGUCAUGGAAGAAGGUAAGAGCAUGUUUCAUUCACUACUGAAUUUUUGCUAUUAUGAUAACAUAGAUACAACCUUUCUGAGUUUAAGCAAAUGUGAGUAUAUGAAAGUCAAAUAAGGCCUGAAAAAAAAUUCCGUACAGGCCUGAAUUUUUUUUCAGGUCUCAUUUUCACUACUGCUCUAGUAGUGUUCAUUACUGCGAAGAUCUCUUUCAUAUUCACGUUUUAUCCGCAGUUCAAAUAUAUGACUUUCAUAUACUCACAUUUGCUCUUUCUUUCUUUGCUCUCCCUGAUAAAGAAAGAAUCUCAGAGGGUCCCUUACAUAGAUCAACAAAUCUCCCAGGUAAACAAGACCUUUUGAAGAAAUUCAACAGAAGUGAUUAACAUGUCACUUCUCCAUAUGAUAUCCAUAUGUUAUUUAGCAAAGACCUUAACAGUAUGUAUCACUAAACUUAAAUGAUAGUCUUUUGAAUAGUUUUUGCUAACAGUGUUGUAAAUUAAUUCAAACAGUUGAUUCAAAACCAUCCAAUGGAAAGACACCCUCAGUUGAAGGCAAAAAUGAUACCACAAAUGAGGAAAUGAUCAGAUUAAAUCGGGAAAAAUUCUUUAAGAAGAUGACAAAGGGUCCAACAAUCAGGUUUGAACCUUAUUUCUGACUGUAAAUAUAUGCAAAUCAUAUAUGUGACCUGCAGUUUAAGAAGAAGAUUUGUGGUGUACUGUGAAGAUUGCUUUCAAGUUUGAACCUUCUUUCUGUUAAUUUGCAUUAGCACAAACCAUUUAAGCCUUUGUACCAUAGCAAACAGCAUUCAGAUUCUCUAUAAUGUUCUCUCUCCAUUUCCUAUGGUACUGACAAGGAAAACUUGUUUACCAAUCAAGAGCCUCUUAAUUCAGUGUUCAUUUCCUUCAUUCUUGUAACCUUUAAUUAAUGAUUUAAGGGUGAUAUUGUGCAGAAAAAUUAGAUGCUAGUCACUCUGAGGGGUUAAAGGAUUGAUGGUUUUAUGAACAGACUUUGGUACUUUUGGUUCCAAAAUCUGUAGUUUCUUGUCCAGUACAUUCAAUCAAAUCAGCAAACAAGAAAACUACAUUAUAGCUACCCCAUAAUGUAUGGUUAAAAAAUUGAGCACAAUACAAUUUCCAAAUGUAAUGUAACUGAACUGAGGGGACUGUGGUCUCUAUAACCAGCUUUCAAUCACUUGCCUGAAAUGCAUACUCUAUUUCAAACCAAACUGCAGAAUGCCACUUGGCAAAUUAUGUUUUCCCUUCCACCUCCCAUUGCAAAUUUAGUCCAUGUUCCACAAAGAAGGAGCACAACUUGUAAGAGAAAAUCAUUAUCAUGGAGUUUUUCUCUUGGAGUGGUAUGGCACUGAUCUCAGGGACUUUGCACCUCUGUUUACAGUAUUCUACCUUAUUGUAAGCACAACAGAUAAAAGAGAUUUUCAAAUGGUAGAGAAAUCCUUUUACCUGUUGAAUUUUCAAGAAUUUUAAGCGGUUUUAGGCAGUAAUAAAAGGUAUAAUAGUUGGUAAAUUUUACUGGUUACCACCUCAAAAGGAGGAAACUGUGUUUGUUUCAAAGUUUAGCUGUCUUCAUGCCAUUAUGUCCAGAAAUGCACGCAGUAACAAAAAUGGCAGAUUUGACACAAUUUUGUCAAACCACGUGAAUGUUCAUGGAUUUGAAGAUUUUGGCAAAUUCUGCUUUGUCAAUAUUUUAGCAAUAAGUCAGGUUGUUGGUGGUGUAUAGGUCAAGUUGUAGUUUUCUGAUAAGGUUUUGUCCUGACUCUUAAGAGCUAUUCAGAGGAGAAGGAAUAAGUCAGAUCUUUAGGUGCAAGGGACACAUACUUAAGCUAUGCUGCUGUUUACAGUAAGAGUUCACCAACAGCUACAGCCAAGAAAAAAAACAAGAAGGAGGACAGAAGGUGGGACAAUGCUGGAACUUCACAGGAAGGAAAGACCUUGGACUACAGCAACAGUAAUGGCAGCCACACUAAUGGAAAUGAUGAAGAAGAAGACCUUGAGAGUCUGGUGAGACAAUGAGAAAUUCUAUUUGGACAUUCAGUGCAGUCAUUUAGAACUUUGAUCUAAUGAUUUAUUACCCCCGUUGAUGAUGAUCAUCAUCAUGAUGCUUUAUGUGUGCACACAAACAACCGUCUCUGCACUUAUUUUCCUGCUAACAUAUUGAAAGGAUUUUUCUGUCAUUACUGAAAGAUUGUUGGGAAAAGAACAAGUAGCUCAGCAGAGGCAAAAUAACUAAACCAAGUUUUUGUUCUAUUUAUAAAUGUGCUGAGGACAAAUUUUUUGUACAAGUCAGGAAAGAAUUGGGUAACUUUGGAUCCAAUGGUCAGGUUUGAGCUCUAGCCUGGUCACUUGUGUUUUAUUCUUAGGAAUACGGACAAUUUCCUUCACAAUGCCUCUUUCACUAAAGGAGUAUAAAAAAGUGCUAGCAAAGUGGGAGGUGACCCUGCAGAGGAGUGGCAACCGGUCUAGGGGGGAGUAUCUACACCCCCAGGUGCCCUCCAGUUCUCAAGUUUAGUUAACCUUUUUUCACUGUAUCUUGUAGCGACCCAUGGUUGGAACAAUGCAGGGUGAGAUAAAACCAAUGGAAUAUGAGUCUGAGUCAGACGAGGAGGAGGAAGAAGUCAGUAAGCCUGCUGAAGAGAGGUGUGCAAAAAAGUGUUGCUCUUUUCCUUUGACAUACAUUUUAAUGUGUAAUUUUAUGCCUCUAAUAUCUGUUUUACUUUAUAUGAAACACUAGCCAUCUUGUAAUGUUUGGUAUUGUUUGAAUGGUAUUCCAGAUCUGUCAUUAUAAGACAAAAGGAAAAAAUACAAAAUUACUGCUUUUUGUUUCUUUUGUGUGGCAGUAUUUUGUCCCCUUCAAUAAAGGUAUAGAAUGAAAAAUAGUAAUGAUUACUUUUUGGUUUAGUCAUAAUCAUGUGGAAGGGCAGAGGUAAUUAUACUCUUCGGCACCAUGUUUAAAUUAAUCUAACUGAGAAACAGGCCAAAAAAAUAAGAAGAAAAAGAAACUCAAUCUCACACUGCACAUAGUUUUUUUCCCUUUGAUUCCUCUUCUUACAAAUGUUACUCUACAGACUUACAAUUACAGAACAAGAACAGCUUUUUUUUCAAUAAUAUCACGGCUAUUAAUCAGAAUUUUGGAAUUGUCUCAUCUGUGAUGGGUUAACUUAUUAAUUUCUAUUACAGCAAGUCCUCUGGUCUUGGUGGAGGACUCUUCUCUUUCUUCAAAGGCUUGGCUGGGCAAAAGACACUUACUCUUGAUGACAUCAAUCCUGUUUUGGACAAGAUGAAAGAGCAUCUAAUUGGUAAUGACUUGUUUAUCAACAAAAUGAUUUCCUUUUAGUCCAAAAUGAAGGAGCAUGAAAUAUUUUCUUUGAGAUAGAUUUACCAAGCAUGUGUAUAUUUUUGUGGUAUUAGAGGGAACCAGCACCAGCCUUAGCCCUUUACACCCUAACGUCAGUAUGCAUAUUCUCCAUACUGUUCUGUAUACAUCUCCUAAGGUGCUGACAAGGAGAAUUUGUUGAACAAUCAAGACCUUUUUUAGUUGGUGAUUAUUUCCUUUGUUCUCCUGAUCUACAUGUGUGAUUCAGGGGUGGUAUUUUAGGGAGAAAUUAGAUGCUCUUCACUCUCAGGUUAAAAUUCCAUCUGUUUGUCUUGCCUUCACGCUCACAGCCAAGAAUGUCGCAGCUGAUAUUUCUGAGAAGUUAUGUGAUUCAGUGGCUACCAAACUGGAAGGCAAAGUGCUGGGAACAUUCAGUGGUAAGAGCGUGUAUUGAUAACAUUCACCCUAGCUUUUCUAAGAGACAAAAUGUAAGUUAAGCUUCAAAACUCAAGGGGAGGAAGCAACUAGCGGUAUAUCUGUUUCUUCAUAAUGGGAUGUCACUCCUUAGUAAAUUCCGCCCCCCUUCCCCCUCUCAGUACUUGCCAAUACUUGCCAGUACUUGUGAGUUUUCUUGUAAUACUUCACCAGGACCUAAUUCAAUACAAUGUUAAUUAUUUUAAGCACCCGCUUUGUAGUUCGGAAAAGUUAAAAGGUGCCAAGUCUAUGAAGACGAACAUGAAAUUUCUGUCCGCUGAAGUGUGGAACAGUUUUACCUCAGUUGAUAUGUUUGUUACUUAUCAUGUUACAUUCUCUCUUGAAAGGCGUAACAUCGACAGUGAAAGCAAGCUUGGAAGAAUCUUUGGUCCAGAUUUUGUCGCCACGAAGAAGAAUUGACAUCCUGCGUGAUGCAAUGGAUGCUAAGAAACGUGGAAAACCUUUUUCUAUCACCUUCUGUGGUGUAAAUGGUGUUGGAAAAUCAACCAAUUUGGCCAAGGUAAAACAUGGUGCACAUUGUGAAGAAACGUGUCCUAUAUCCUUGUCAAGUGGUUGGAAAAGACUUGAAAUCCAACUAAGUACUUUUCAUGCAAAAGAAAAAAAACAGUUUGGGCUUCGACGGGAUUCCAACUCCCAGAUAGCAACUAAGCGUUACUACCAACAGAGCUACGAAGCCCUUUGCCGUGAGCGAGGGAAAUUUUAGUAGGUUUUUCGUUUUCGUAAAGGAAUCUCUACCUCCCACGCUCCUGACGAGACGAAAAAGACGUCUUUGUCUAGUUUAUUGCCGAGCGAAAAAUUCACCAUCGUUCUUAUUCCGUUUACGUGCAUAACGCUUUCGACACUGUUGACCCUUGCAGUUUUCAGGACGCGUUUCACAAAGAAACGUAGUGAUGGCCUGGCUCACCGUAAAGUCUCCUCCUCAGUGGUAGAGCAUCGAAGCGCGAAACUCUAAGGUCUAAGGUUCGAUUCUUCUCGAGGAUUCAGAGCUAGAUUCCUUUGUUGCACGCACGCGACAAGAAGAAAAAACAUCUCUCGUUAAAAGAAAUGUUCAAAACUUCUUUGAAAUUUGACGGACGCAAAUGUUUAUAGAGAAAAAUAUUAAAAUGUUUUCCAACCCGCCAUUUGCGAAAAAGCGCUAUUGUGGAGGAUGGGGGGAAAAACAAACCGCUAAACGCAGCCUUUUUUUCUUUCUUUUUUUCAAUUUGUGUUUGCAGAUCUGCUUUUGGCUGCUUGACAAUGGUUUCCGUGUGAUGAUUGCUGCAUGUGACACAUUCCGUGCUGGAGCCGUCGAGCAGCUCAGGACUCAUGUCCGUCACCUUAACGCUCUUCAUCCCCCAGCAAGUGGCGGUGGACCUCCAUCUGUUCUGCUGUAUGAGAAAGGCUACGGUAAAGAUGCUGCUUCUAUUGCCAUGGACGCCAUCAAUUUUGGUAAGCUUGACUCAAUAGUUGUAGGCGCUCGCAUAAUAAAUUUUUAAGUCUUGUCUUUAUUCUGUUAUGGAAUAAGUUGGGAAACGUUUUUUUUAUGCAGUUGGAAUAUGACGGUAGUUUGACAUGUAGUUGUUAUUGAGGUAAUUAUUAACGUGUCGAAAGAUCCAUCGCCACGUCUCACUCUGUACGCUCUGCAUGCUUAUGACAUACGUAGACUGAUGAACCAUAGUCGUUUGUUACUCCUUAGUAGUGGACCUCAUCGGUUCGUUAGGAGUAGCAGCACAUAGCGAAUAUGUUGCGUGGUAUCUCCAAAGUGACGUUGGUCUGGCUUCACUGUGUACUGUGAUUGGUCAAAAAAAAAAAAAGGCGCCAAACCCAUCAAGCAAUCAGACACAAAACUAAAACCGUUCUUGACUUCUUCACUUUCGUUUUCCCGCGCCUUACGCAGUUUGCUUUUUGUUUUUUUUGAGUUCUCAUUGGCUCUUGUGAAAUUUCCUUUUAUGCUGAUUGACAUUGAUAUCUGUUCGUACUUCAGCCAGGGAACAACGCAUUGAUGUUGUAUUGGUUGACACCGCCGGAAGAAUGCAGGACAACGAGCCUUUGAUGCGAGCCUUGUCUAAAGUACGCAACGUUUGUCCUUGUUUUUUUUCUUCCUUGUUUGCUUUUCUAUUUAAUGGACAACGGAUAAAUGACAGCAAAUGUAGGAAGAGUGAAGUAAUUUUGCACAAGUAUGUCGUCCAGAAUGAUACACUAUCAAAAGAUAAGGUGGGGGAACCAUGGGUGUAUCUGGCCCUUCACUUCGUCUAGAGAGGAGCCAUAAAUUUUAAAAAUGAUGAUAACUUUACAUUUCUGCGGAUACUAUGAUCCUGGACUGAUUUUUUUUCGCUACCUUUUCAUAUUGUAUUUCCGUGUGCUUGUGCAUGGCCAUAAAACCUUUUCACGCCCAGCAGACCCCGAACGAUUUCACUUCCUCAUAAUUACCCGCUAGCCUUUCAUAGUUUGGGGUGUUAGUACUGUUGUAAAACUCCUUAUAGACGGUUACGAUAAUAACUUGAAACGCGCCUUAGAAUUGUUUACUUCAAGAAGUGCUGCUUGACAGUUUGGUGACCAAGAACAAUUUGAGAUAUAUAAAUAUAUAUAUUUUUGUUUUUGUUGUUGUUUCAGUUGAUCAAACUCAACUGUCCCGACCUGGUGCUGUUUGUCGGAGAGGCCCUGGUAGGGAAUGAAGCCGUAGACCAGUUAAAGAAGUUUAACCAGGCUCUGGCGGAUUUUUCAAUGUCUGAUAACCCCCGUCUGAUCGAUGGUAUUGUCCUCACCAAGUUUGACACUAUCGAUGAUAAGGUAUUUUGACAUGCUACAGAGAAAUUUUCAAUUAAAAGCUAAAUUAAUUAAUUUUGCUUUGUUUUGGUCUGUGAUUGGUGUCGAAAACCAAAAUCAUAAGCAUUUUCCCGCGCGUCAGGCACUCUGGUUGUUUUUAGUGUUAGCUCCUUUCGAUUUAAGCUUCCUUUCCAGUCGCUGUAUAGGAAAUGAGUCCGCACUCCUUCUCCGCAGAGAGAGGGAUGGAACACUGAAUUCGAGAAAACGACAAAAAUCCAGACCACUGGUGAAAUUUUAUUUUGUUCUGAUUGGCCUUUUAGCUUUUCUGUGACUUAAGUUUCACGUUUGUCAAUCGAAAUUUGAUCCAUAAAAACUCAAGGCAGUUUAACCACUUAUCAAACCUUUUAAUCUGCUAAAAGCUGCCUUUAGUAACUCACUUGACGUUUCUCGCCUCCUUUGGCGUUUAACCAUCGUUACUUUUAUCACUGUUGUAAGGUUGGUGCUGCUAUCUCCAUGACGUACACCACUGGCCAGCCGAUUGUGUUCGUGGGCACUGGGCAGACUUACAGCGACUUGAAGAGCCUUAAUGUAAAGGCCGUCGUUAAUGCUUUGUUGAGGGCCUGAGACCUGACAACUGAGUGAAAUUUUCGUCUUUUGAAGUGUAACAUCUUCCUUGGUUUUAAACAAACAAUCAUAAUAAGAUUUCCAGCUUUAGACUGAUAAUUUAGCAUUUGUUCAGUGUAAAGGAAAGAAUAACCAUUUAGGGUGUGACAUCACCGGGAAUCAUAGUUUGUCUCGGGUCGGGUUUGAAAAACAGGUCAAAUCAGUUAUUAUGAUGAACCAAACAAAGCCAUGUAUUACUAAUGUGAUUGUUUUUCCACUCUCCCACUCCUGGUUCCAAAAUUUUCUUCUUAGACAGAGGAGGACACCGCAAAACCUUAGGAGAAAAAUUGAAAAAAAACAAAGCUGGUCAAGAAGUGAACCAAGGAAAAAUGUUGCUCCCACCUUCUUUUAUUCGUCAGAGAAAAAAUGCAAGAAUAAUGUAAUAAUAAAAUUUGAAUUAUAAGUCAACGUUAUUGUUUUUGGCAACUCUAUUAACAGUUACUUUACAUUUUGAUCAUCACUAGCAGUUAAAGCAAAAACGGUCGCAUUCACUCGAUUAUGAUUAUCGUGGUGACGUUUGGUAAGGUGGUAGAAACGUCAGUCUACCACCGACAAAGUCCUGUCAAGACUACUCUCUCCUGACGAUCAGACCACACGAAUCAUUUCUAAUUUGGUUAUUAUUAACGCAGGUCAGAGGAGAAAAUGCUAUAACUGUAGUUUUCAAAACUCCAAAUCUUUGUUUGUAUCUUUGUACACCAGUAUGAAAGGAAAAUUCAAGAACUGUUGCCAGGUAUACUAUAUCUAGUUAAGGUUGUCGAUACUUGGAAAUUUAAGUACCAUGAUGAUUUGAUUUAGCUCCCUUCUUACGAUAAGCGGCC